AUAUAAAUUAAGCAAAAAGCUAGAAUUCUCAGAGUGCGAUCUCUGUUUCUUUUGUUUUGUUUUAGAUGGCGACCACCCAAGUUCGGGAUCUCUUUAUUUCUGGACUUCGUGAGAAGCACAGAGCAGAAUUGGAAAAUCUUACAUUAACAAAUCAGCCCUUAAGAACUCUGAAACUUUUUGUCUUUGCUAUUACUCAAUGGAUUCAUCAAGCAAUUCAAACUCGAGCUGGUUGGUUCAUGUUUUCAAGCACUUUGGUUGGAAGUAUUGGGAUUCUGGUCAUCACCGUUGGUAAACCUCAUGAAAUGACUCAAGAGCUUUUUCAUUAUGUUAAAUUUGGACUUUGGUGGUUGGCCCAUGGGGUUGCAUCAUCAAUUGGUCUUGGAUCUGGUUUGCACACAUUUGUGUUGUAUUUGGGUCCACACAUCGCCUUUUUUACUAUGAAAGCUGUGCAAUGUGGCCGUGUUGAUUUAAAAACUGCUUUGUACUACACAAUUAGACUGAACACCGGUCCUUCAUGGCUGAAUAAAGAUUGCUCCGAAUAUGGACCUCCAUUGUUCCCAUCAGCACGUGGUUCAAGAGUUCCACUCAGUAGCAUAUUGCCUCAGGUUCAGUUAGAGGCCAUCUUAUGGGGUACUGGAACUGCACUCGGAGAGCUCCCUCCAUAGUUCAUAU